UGAUAGUACUACGGCAUCCUGACGAACCUGGGCUCAGAAAUCCUCUUCAGCAGAGAGUCACACAAGGCCCCUUCACAGUGCGGUGCCAUGCCGGAAGCACCGAGUGCCCAGCCAGCUCCCGCCUCCGGCUACGCCCCCGGGGCGCACCGCGAGGCGCUCGACUUCAUCGAGCACGUCACGGCGAACGCCGGGAAGGUGCAGCAGCGCGUACUCGCCGAGAUCCUUGCGCAGAACGAGACGGCCGAGUACCUGCGCCGGUACGGCGUCUCCUCCAGCAGCAGCCCCCUCGAUCCCGUAGACGCCUUCCGCCGCUGCGUCCCGCUCGUGACCUACGAGGACCUCCAGCCUGACAUACUCCGCAUCGCCAACGGUGACUCCUCGCCGAUCCUCUCCGGCAAGCCCAUCUCCGAGUUCCUCACAAGCUCCGGCACUUCCGGAGGGGAAAGGAAGCUCAUGCCGACCAUCGCCGACGAGCUUGACAGGAGGUCGCUGCUGUACAGUCUACUGAUGCCGGUGAUGAGCCAGUCGCUGCCCGGGCUGGACAAAGGCAAGGCGAUGUACCUGCUCUUCGUGAAGGCCGAGUCGCGGACGCCAGGAGGGCUGGCCGCGCGGCCGGUGUUGACAAGUUACUACCGGAGCCGGCAGUUCCUCGACAGGCCGCACGACCCGUACACGGCGUACACGAGCCCCAACGAGGCCAUCUUGUGCGUGGACUCCUACCAGAGCAUGUACGCCCAGCUGCUCUGCGGCCUCGUGCACCGCACCGACGUGCUGCGCGUGGGCGCGGUGUUCGCGUCGGGCUUCCUCCGCGCAAUACGCUUCCUUGAGAAGCACUGGCCUCGCCUGUGCCACGACAUCCGCACCGGCGAGCUCGACCCGGAGAUCACCGACCGCUCGGUGCGCGACGCCGUCGGGAGGUUGCUCCACGCCAACCCAGCCCUCGCCAGCGAGAUCGAGGCCGAGUGUUCGAAGCCGUCGUGGGAGGGCAUCAUCCGACGCCUGUGGCCCCGCACCAAGUACAUCGACGUGAUCGUGACCGGCGCCAUGUCGCAGUACAUCCCGACGCUCGAGUUCUACGGCGGUGGCCUGCCGCUCAUCUGCACCAUGUACGCUUCUUCGGAGUGUUACUUCGGCCUGAACCUCAACCCCAUGUGCAAGCCCGGCGAGGUCGCGUACACCCUCAUCCCCACCAUGUGCCACUUCGAGUUCCUCCCCGUCCAUUGCAGCAACGCCAAUGCCGAGCCGAGCCACCGCGACCUCGUCGAUCUGGUCGACGUGAAGCUCGGUCACGAUUACGAACUCGUGGUAACCACCUUCUCAGGUUUGUGCCGGUAUCGUGUGGGCGACGUACUGAGGGUAGCAGGGUUCAAGAACGAGGCGCCGAUGUUCAGCUUCGUGCGACGGCGGAACGUGGCGCUGAGCAUCGACUCGGACAAGACGGACGAGACGGAGCUGCACACGGCGGUGAGCAGCGCGGUGCAGCACCUGGCGCCGUUCGGCGCAUCGCUGGUGGAGUACACCAGCUACGCCGAUACCGCCGCCAUCCCAGGCCACUACGUGCUGUUCUGGGAGCUGCGCGAGGGCAGCACGGCGGUGCCGGCGUCCGUGUUCGAGGAGUGCUGCCUGUCCGUGGAGGAGGCCCUGAACAGCGUGUACCGGCAGUGCCGCGCCUGCGACAGGUCCAUCGGCCCCCUCGAGAUCCGCGUCGUGUCCGAGGGCACCUUCGAGAAGCUCAUGGACUACGCGCUCAGCCAGGGCGCGUCCAUCAACCAGUACAAGGCGCCGCGCUGCGUGCGCCCCGGGCCGGUCGUCGAGCUCCUGGACGCGAGGGUGCAGGCCAGCUACUUCAGCCCCAAGUGCCCAAAAUGGAGCCCCGGGAACAAGCAAUGGAACACCUCCUCCAAGGAGCUGCUGAGCAUCGGAGACGCCUAGCUUGCUUGCUAGCUAGCUAGCCAGCUCAUGGGUUGGAGGAGGAUGACUAUGCAUGACGUGCAUCAUGAUCGAUGCGUUUCUGUAGGGGCUACGAUAUCUCGUACUAUUUCAACUUCUGGGGCAGUGAGGAAUAGUUAUCAAAAUUAUGACUUAGUUAGCUAGGGUUCCUACGUAUGUCUGCUAUUAUUUUUGUAAUCUUCUCUCUUUGGGCCGCAUUUUAUGUAGAACUACCUGUCAAUUACGUUUAUUAAACCACCACGUACCGCAAGCUGCAUUCCAAAUA